AAAUUUCUCACGCUGUACUGAUGCUACACAUCGAUAGCAAAGUGCAUAAUAUACCUUAACUCCCGUAAAUGCAGCAUAACUUAGUUCCGUACAGUUGUUAGUGGCUAGUCUGAAAAUCAUUAUCCUUUUUUUCCAAACAUACUUCAAAUUCACGUUCGAAGUGUGCGACAACCCUACAGGACGUAAAAGUGUCCGGAUGUGAAAACGUUCCUGCAAGUGUACACUGUCAUUCGGCAUAGAAACUAAAUUGUGUGACACUCGUCAAUAAACUUUGCAAAAUAGUAUCAACUUAAAUUGACGGACCGAGGAAACCAGUUUCAUUCGUUCAUCACGAUGGACCCGGACGAUUGUGACCUCAUAGAUAAGUUGACUACUGGGGCGUUUGGUAGUGGAAAUCAGCAGAAGGUGAUUGUCCAACGGAAUUCUCCCAUACUUUUCGCCGGUGGUGCACCGUUGACGAUUAAUGCAACCAGCUCACUGUUGGUACCGAAUUCGGUACCAAUGCCAGUUACUUCUCAGCAGCUGCAAUUUGCUGCUUCUUCAGCUGACGGUGUACUACCGAUGACGUCCGUCACCGGGGGAGUAGAAUCCGCUUCAGUUAUUGUGUUGAACAAGGACACAACGUUCUCACCCGGUGCCAUACCAAUCAAUAUUGUGACAAACGAUCCAACGGGACAGCAGCAGUUUCUGCAUGGCUCCAAUGUGCAGAAGGUGGUUGUCGCUUCCAAUCCUGGAACUAGCGGGGUAACCCCACACGGUGGGGUCCAAAUCGUAGCAGCAGGUGCGAUGAAGACUCUUCAGCAGAAGAUGCAAACACCUGGUUUCAAACUCCAAAUAGGAAACACGAAUAUAAUGUCCCUGCAGCAGAAAAUGAUAACAACGCAGCAGCAGGUACCCUCCGCUAUGACAAUGAUACAGCCGAACGCGAUGCCUAUUUCCAGCGCUGCAGAAUUGAAGCGGCUAUCCUCUUCCAUUAAAUAUUUAAAGCCCAUUGCACCUAAACCACCUGUCAACGUCAACUAUACGAAUUCCGUGAUAAAACCAAACAGUGCCGACAGUGCAACGCAGGCUUCUUCGGCAGGAUCGGCAAAUGUAUGCCAUCAUGUGUUACCCUUUGGAACCACAAUCAAAGUGACAGCUGGGAACGAACAGAUGCCGAUACCGAUUUCGAAACCACAGCACAUUCUGCAGCAGUCACAAUCGCAUCAACAUUCAGCCCAACAACAGCAACAACAGUUGCAGCAAGCGCCGAUACAAAUACAACCGCAACAACAACAACCACAAUCUCCACAACCAUCAACGUUAAUUAAACAUGUCCAUCCUGUUUCUCCAGCAUCUAUAGCUCCACCCCUUAACCCAGUGUUGUCGCCGAACCAGAGUAAAGUUAUUAUCAACAAGAUUAUCUACAAAACAGCGGAAAACCAUUUAGGACCGGCACCACCAGCCGGACAACCCCGCAUUAUUCCGGGUACUCCACCACUGUCGCCGGUGUCAUUGAAACGUAAAAUUAUAAUUACCGGUCCUGCUAGCCGCAAGCGACUCCCAUCACCGGCAAGCAUUUCACAACGUCCAGCUCAGAUUAUCGUUCAGACAGCAACACCACCGUUAGCUCUCAUGCCAAGAACCGCCAUCGAGAACAUCCCUUCCACCGUGCAAGACAUUGUUUAUCCAUCCAAUAACAGUAUUAACAACAAUUCGAGCAAUACCAUCAGUGUUAAACAAAUAGUGCAUCCGGUCACGCAAAUGAGUGUCUCCCAGCCGUCCUUAUUGUUGCUGCCCGAAGAAGAAAAACCGGAAUCGACAAUGCAAGAAACAAUGCAAACAGAAGAAUUGCCUGAUUCGUGUGAGGCAGAUCAGGAAUACAGAACAGUCACACAAAGCAGCUCACAAGCGGACGUUUCUGAGGCAGAAGUGUCGUCAACUACAACCGAACAAGCUACGCAGGAACUUCCUUUUGAACAUGACAAAAAAGAUGAAUCCGAAACGGAAGAAGAUGAGAUUGAGCCUAUUGAGAUGGAUCUACUACAAAGCUUGUGUGAAUAUGAACAAGCUCAAGCGGUAAACUAUAAUGGAAAUACGGAUGGUGAACAAAAACAGCUAGAAGAAGCAGAUAAAGUUGAGGAUCCCUAUAUUACCCGACCCAGCACACCCGAUGGCGAAGAACAGAAGGAACAGUUGGAAGGUCUGUGGAGUGAACAAAUGAAAAGUCCUCGUUUGCAGAAGAGAGCUCACUCGGAAUACCAGCAGCUGAAGAGUUCUUAUCGCUCGAGGCGACUUUCAGAGCCUGCUAAUCGGGAGGAAGCGCCAAACGAUGAUGAAGUUCCACCGAUUCCAAAACCAUUAUCAGUGAUAAAGCGCUCGAAUCGACGCUCUGCAAGCAGGAAAAGUGCUUCUACAAGAUCCAUUCAUUCCUCACUUUUAUGCAGUGAAAAAUUUGAUGAGUCAGAUGAAAGCAGAAGCAUCAAAACAUCGAUGUCCAGCUUGCACACAAUCAGUCCACCCAAGAAGGAGGAUACGUCGUCGGAGUCUCCACCGGUUUUCGAACAAGAAAAAAUGCAAGUAGCUAUCGAGGUUCACAGAAAACCGCAAAACGUAGCUAAAUCGCACAAUGUUCGCGAAAAGACACGCUCUGAGUCCAGAUCGGUUGCUGACCGCGAGGAAAAGGAAGAAAAGGACUACAUCGAGGGAGACUUUGGUUCUACUCCAUCCGAUCUGAUCAAAUGGGACGAUGGAAUAGGAUACAUGCGAGCAAGCUACCUUCACUUUCAAUUCAAUCAAUUCGGAUUAGUAGAACCGAUGGACUUGAAAGAAUAUGUAAAUCACGUCAAGACAAAUAUUUACGACUCUGUUAAGGAACCACUGCCCAAACGGCAAACUAUAGGUAAAUCUAGCCGCAACAAACGAAAAUCACAGGUUCCUGAUGCAGUUUAUCGGUGUCGUACUUGCCGCUGUAAAGGCAAUGCCAAUGAGUUUGCCACCCCAGAAUAUUGCUCGGUUGCCUGCAUGAAGCAGAGCAAAAAUGGAGCCCUGUUGAGCAGUAUUGCUCGGUCGAAAUCUCUGCAGCGAAAAGGUCUCGGUUCAUCGGAGUCGGAAUUGUCCACCAACACACCACUCCCGACGAGCGAUGACGAUUCUUUAAGUAGUUCGCUGAACUUCAGCAACGCUUUCAAAGAUAAAACCAAUCUCCCACUGAAAGAUGUUACAGCGAAAACACCGCAGGAUAUUCAGUUCCCUAUGAGUGAUCAUUCGAACGUGCCCAAAUUUUUCUGGGAGCCUUAUCUCUCAAAAGCGAAAGGCACACCGUCACCACUGAAUCUGUUUGUCAAUCCAUAUCCCAGUGGACCGAACAAAUUCCGAACCGGUAUGAAGUUGGAAGCCAUCGAUCCAGAGAAUAAUUCACUUUUUUGCGUGUGUACCAUAGUAGAGGUGCGUGGCUAUCGGAUGCGGUUAAGUUUCGACGGUUAUUCCCAAGAUUACGAUUUUUGGGUUAAUGCCGACUCGUUGGAUAUAUUUCCCCCGAGCUGGUGUCGCAAUACUGGACGCACACUGCAACCGCCCUAUGGCCACGAAGGUGAAUUCCGCUGGUCGGAUUACAUCACCAAAACGCACUCGAUGGCGGCUUCAAAGCAAUUAUUCACUCAUUUGAAUUCUACGUCCAACGAGAACAAAUUUGAGAUCGGAAUGUGCUUAGAGGCGGAUGAUUUGAAGAAAUCUGGUAAAGUUUGUGUUGCUUCUGUUAGCGACAAAAUCGACAACCGUAUUUUGGUUCAUUUCGACGGAUGGGACGAGCGAUAUGACUACUGGGUAGAUAUCCAUUCACCGUACAUUCACUACAUAAACUGGCAUCAGGAAAAUGGAUACAAUAUAACUGCUCCACCAGAUUGGAACAAGGGGUCUUUUGAAUGGGCCAAAUACAUUCGAAUGAAGUCUAGACGCAUUGGCAAAUCUAUCAUUCAAGCAGAUAAAUCCCUAUUCGUGACGCGAUAUCCAAUUGAUUUUGAAAAUGGUAUGAAGUUGGAGGUCGUCGACCGCAAGAAUCAGAUGCUGAUUCGGCCGGCUACUGUAGUGGCAACCGAUGGAUACGAAAUUAAAGUUUGCUUCGAUGGGUGGCCCAAUUUCUAUUCUUUCUGGAUUGAGGAUGAUAGUUCCGAUAUCCAUCCGGUUAACUGGUGUAAAAGAACUAAUCAUCCGAUAGAAUUUCCGGCCGACUAUCGACCUGCUUCAAUAAAAAGUAGUUGUGAAAUUCCAUACUGUCUUGGACAAGGAAACGCUAGAAAUUUUCGAAAUCGCUACCACAAAAGAUCGAUAGAGUGUCCUUACAGAAGUAACAAUUGGCUAUCGGAAGAUCGCAAACGACUGCGAAUAGCACAUGAACAAAUAAUUACCUCCCAUAAAUACAACUCUCAACAAGAGACGCUACUACUGGGAGCACCCUUGGCAAAAAAGAUAAAGAAGGAACCAGAAGAUGCAUUACCAAAUGUGUCUACACAAACAGCGCCGGCAUCUACGGAACUUGCAAUAUCUCCGCCUAAAGCCACGUCUAACACUAACGUAGAUCCGCUGAUGAAGAUAGCCAUGCCAGUAAUAACCGAUUUCGGACCACGCUUGAAGCAGUCGUACGAGCUGUGGCUGCAAACGUCUAAGAUCCUGGACCGCUGCACUGAAGGUCUGUCCGAGUUUGAUCUCAAUCCACUGCGCUGGUCGGUGGAAGAGGUCGCCAAAUAUGUCGAAUGCUUGCCCGGGUGUACCGAGAUGGGCAAACAGAUACGCGAUGAAAAAAUUGACGGUUCAGCUUUUCUUAGCUUGACGCGGGAUGAUUUGGUGAAGUAUCUGGACAUAAAACUUGGACCAGCCGUUAAAUUGUAUAACCGAAUUAUACAUCUUCGGCAGGAGGUGGAAAAGCACUUCGUUAAGUUUUGAACUUUUUCGUUGUGUGCGCAAAACAAAAACAAGGUUGUUCAUAUCAAUUUCACGUAGCGUCGUACAUCCACAGCAGCACUUGUUUCCUGAGAGGGUCAGUUAAGGACUAAAGAUUAGUACACAGUUUAGUUUUAGUUUUAAGAUUGUAUAUAGUCCGUUGAAUAUUUAGUUCAUAGUUCAAGCAACGGUUAAAAUUGUAAAAGUAAACAGUAAAUACAGUAAAAGUUUACACCUGUUUCGUCGAGUAGUUGCAAUUA